UCUGCUGCUGUCUCUGGCCUGUCAAGUGUCAAUGACUAUUAUUGUAGGUCAAUGCCGAAUUUCUGCAUUUUACUACAAUAUUUUAUAACUUUGCAUUAUUUGAAUAUACGUAAACAAACAUAGUCGUCCUUUAUUAACAAUGGUUGUAGGAGCAUUCCCAAUUGCAAAAUUAGGCGCUUUGUUGAUAAAACAGAUAAGUAAACCCAUCGCAAAUGCUUGUAAGGAACGAGCCAAACAUAAUCCUUUUUUCAGGACUUAUGUUUGUAUGCCACCUGCUCAGUUUUAUAAUUGGUGUGAGGUAAAAGCAAAAAUGUGGAUCUUAAACUUGGGUAGACCAGUCAAUAUACCAGUUCUCAGUCAAGAAAUGGCCAUAGAACUAGGAGCCAAUCUUCUUGGUGAAACCUUAAUCUUUACUAUAGGAGCUGGCUUAUUAUUGUUGGAGUACAAUAGGCAAAGUAACAAGGAAGCUGCAAAAGAAGCUAAGAAAGAAGAGGAAAUGAAACAUAUUUCUGAUACAAUUACUGAUCUCUACUUUACUGUACAGAGACAACAAACACAGCUUAGAGAAAUGGAGAGAAUUAUUUACUCUAUAAGUGGAGAGAAACCAAAAAUUCCUCCUCCAGUUUUGAAGGAGCCCCCAGUGUUAACACCUUCAGCAAGCCCACCAGCUCCCGCAGCACCAGCACCACAAACACCAACACCUCAAAAUGUCAGUCAUUAUGAACACCAUGAACAUGCUGUCAUGACUGCUACCCCAUAUCCUAAUAAAGGAUUGAUUCUACAGUCUCUCAACUAUAUCCAGAUGGAUGCGUUCAGUUCCCUGUUUCCCAAUAACAAUAAUGUUGUCCUUGAGGAAAACAAUAAAACUGUUGAAGAAAAAGCAUUUAUUGCUAAAAGAGAGCCUGCAAUACUCUCAUCUGCUUUGUAUAAUAUAGAAAACGAUUUUAGAAGUUUGUUUUGAAGUCUGUGAUAAGUGUAUAUCUAUAGUGUUAUUGCAUUGCAGUUUGAAUGAAAAAAAAUGUUUCAUUAGUCUUACGUUGUUACCAUUUUUUGAUAACUUUUAUUUUUAUAUUUGCUUAAUCCUACAGUAACAAAUGCUAGAAGAAUUGGCAAUUUUUAUCGGAUUAUGCUAAAUAUUAAAAUGAAAAUGUAUAUUAGGGAAAGUUAAAUGCUAGAAUUCUUAAAUCCUGCUGUAGAUAACUAUGCAUUGUAAUAUAUUAAUGUUGCCGAAUUUUAUUUCUUGAGUAUAAUUCUUUUGUAUGUAUAGUAUUAAGUAGGUUCUUCAAGUACAUACUGUUAAAGUUUUUAGUAGACAUCAGGGAAUAAAUAAUCACUAAUUGUUAUUUUGUAUUUUAUUAUUCUAGCCAUUCUUUUAAGUAAGUACAAUCUUGUGGUGUUAUUAGUCCUGUGGAAGCACAUCUGUGGAUGAGUGGACAGACACCACAAGGGACCUGUACAAGCCCUGGUGCAGGUAUGAGAGGGUCUAUAGCACGAUACACCUUGCUCCCAUCAGGGUAUACACUGCUCUCUGCCUUACCAUCAUAGACCAAGGUAUUCAGAAUAGUGAUUACAUCUUCUACAUCUAGUUCAACCUGAAACAAGACAGUAUUUUUUCUAUAUGUUGACACUCAUAAUAUUAUACAUACCUACAUAAUUGUAGCAUUGCUUUACUUUGAAUAGAACUUUACUAAUAUGCAUUUAUAAGUGUAAUUCAAAAUGUUGUAACUGGGAUUGUUAAAGUUUUUGUAGUAGUUUGGAAUAUUUAUUUAUAUAGAUUAGUGAUAUUAAGUUGUAUGCUAUUGCUAUGUACUGUACAUAUAAUGUACUUCUUGAAAGCUUUUAGAUCAGUAAUUAAAAAAUAUAAAGUUUC